UGGUUUCUGACCAAUCAGCGCUUUGAGCUAGCGGCCUGUAAAACUACGUCAUAUCUGCGCGACCACAGCCUUUUUGUCACAUGUUGUUGUUGUCGUAGUUUCUUCAUUUGGCUUUGGAAAUAUCAUCUAAUGAAAGGUGGUGUUUGUUUUGGUGGGGCGGCUUGCCAUCCAAAUCCAACCAGCUGUCUGCGUGAAAUAGGGAAUGAACAACGAGACAGCAUCGGACAGCUGGAAGAGAAACUCCGGGUGCUCCAGUAUUGAGCAAAUGCUGGCUGUGAAUCCCGGAAAGACGCCAAUUAGUCUGCUGCAGGAGUAUGGAACGCGGAUAGGCAAGACCCCAGUGUAUGACCUGCUGAAGGCUGAGGGACAGGCCCACCAGCCCAACUUUACGUUCCGCGUUUCCGUGGGAGAGAUCAACUGCACCGGCCAAGGGCCCAGCAAGAAGGCGGCGAAGCACAAAGCAGCCGAGGCUGCUCUGAAGAUGCUCAAGGGAGGCCUCGCAGGCCCCGCCGCUAUUGGUGUCGAAGGAGACGUGUUUAUCGGGGUUUCCGUGCCUGCUGAUGGAGAGAGCUCCCAAUCGGAGAUGAAGACUUUAGUGACUUCUCAACAGUCUGAAUGUAAUCCUGUUGGAGCACUACAGGAAUUGGUUGUGCAGAAAGGAUGGCGUCUGCCAGAGUACACGGUGACACAGGAGUCUGGUCCGGCACACCGCAAAGAAUUCACCAUGACCUGCAGAGUGGAGAGAUUCAUGGAAAUUGGAAGCGGUACGUCCAAGAAGCUGGCCAAGAGGAACGCAGCGGCCAAAAUGUUGGCGCGGAUACACGACGUUCCGGUCGACCUGAGGACCAGCAACGAUGCCGACCCGGAAGAGGAUACGUUUAAUAUGAACAUGGGGAGCAGAGCGGAGUCGUGCAAGAGCAAAGGCUACAGCUGCACGUGGGACUCCCUGAGAAACUCCGCCGGAGAGAAGAUCCUGCAUCUCCGCAGUCACCCUCUGGGCAUACCCUCUGACUCCAACUUCUGCUCGCUGCUCAAUGACCUGUCCACAGAGCAGUGCUUUGACAUCAGCUACCUGGAUCUCGAGGAGCCCAGUCUGAGCGGGCUGCGCCAGUGUUUGGUAGAACUGUCGACGCAGCCAAUAACAGUGUGCCACGGCUUCGCCCCCAGCCUGGAAGCUGCUCGGGGCAACGCGGCCCACAAUGCACUGCAGUACCUCAAAAUCAUGGCUGGCGGGAAGUGAGCGGGCCGAUUGUGUCUUGUUCCGGCAGGCAUGUAAGUACAUUUGAUCAUCUGACAUACCUCAAUUGUCUUUCAUAUAUGAAGACCUCCUUGAAUUAACGUCUUAGUGACAUUGGCAAGAAGGAGCUGGUGCUAAAUGCUCAUCUUAUUAUCAUAAUUUUAUUUUUCAGUUGUCAUCAUCACAAAAUGACUACUGAAUAAACAUGAACUCUUUUUUAAGACUGCCCAUUUUUACUAAACAAACUGCCUUUGUGAUGCUCAUUCUGUUGGACUUUGCUAAGUCAGCAUGUUUGAAGUGUUGGAAAUGAAUAAUUUUUUUAAUGAAAUGUUGCUUUUGAGUACAUUAACCCGAAUACAGAACAUUGUUUUACAAACAGACAUUAGAGUGACUUACCUCAAGGUUUUAAUGUUGUUUUUUUCCUUUUAAUUUCCUAUUUUUAAUGCACUCUCCGGUUGCCAUUUUUGUUCAGCAACUGUACUUAAUUGUCUUUAACAUAUUUUAAAGAUUUGGCUAUUAAUGUGGUUGUAACUUCUAAAGUAUUUUGUGCAGCAUGCAGUGUUGCAUCCACAUAGAACCUUAGCAAAAAAAGUGAAUCAAAGCAGUGCUGUACAUUAUUAUUUGAAGAAAUAAACCAUUUUUAC